AUGGCGGUGACGGCCAGCGAGCCAGCAGGCCAGAUGGCGGUGACGGCCACGGCCCUGAGCCCCGACGACGGCUCCAGCAUGCUGCGGCCGUCGUCGCUCAUGGCGGACGACGCAUCGCAUUACACUGCUGCAACUUACACCUCGGCGGCCAGUGCAGCGACCCCAACCAACGACCAAAGCUGCAGGCCAACGACGACUGACGAUGACAACGUGUUCACCGGGACAACCUGGUCAGAGCUUCUCGCCACCGCCAGCGCCACCGGCGGCUCUGACAACGACUCCAGCUCCAUGUCCAUGAUCGACCUGCCGGACUUUGGGUUCGGGGAUCUCGAGGGCGGCCUCUGGAGCCUGGACGACCUUUGCUUACAGCAGCUGUGCUGA